UCAUACCCCACAUCCUCUUUUUUUUCUCAAUUCCGCCAUUUAAAGUGCCGCAAGUCGCCCUCCGCUUUGUUACCGAGCGUCCAAGCGUUGCGCACACAUUUGGAGCAACCAGCGAAAGUGCAAACGGAGUUAGAUCGUGGCGAACAUGAGAGCCGGAUCGGCCAUCGCGUUGUGUGUCUUCAGCUUUGUGUGUCUGUCUGACUGCGCGCCUCCGACAUGUUACUCCAGGUCGCUGAGCCUGAGCAAGGAAGUGAUGAACCUGUUGGAUAAGAUCCACACUUACCAUCGAACGAAAACUUGUGCUGAGGUGCUACCAACCAUCUUCCUUGAUGUUCAUAACUCCUGCAUCACAACCAAACUCCGCGACUUCCUCUAUGUGCUUCUGAACCAUCCCAGCCAGUAUUGCAGAGAGCGACCCAGGAUGGUGCUGCUGAAAACAAAAAUCCAGAACUUGUAUGCCAUCAUUACAAGAAUUUGCUAUCGGGACUUGGUGUUUUUCACAGACGACUGCGAGGCCAUCGACACUGGACACAGCAGGUCUCACUAUGCCGAGGACAGACUUCAGCUUCUGCAGGAGGAGAGCUAAGCAACACGAGGAAUCGCCCGAAAGCAGCCCCCCGGAAGAAGCGAUUAUGUACAUAAACAUCACGCCCUACAUUGUAUUCACUCGGAAGCGCCGCGGCACGCCGCGCUGACUCGCUCGCGCACACUCGCGUUUAGAAGAACAUGCGUGCAGGUUACAUUCCUGCAAGAACGGCAGAACUUUCCACAGGAAAUUUGCCGAAUGCCAACCGCGCCGACGCAAACCUUGAAAUAAUAAACCAGUAAGAGAUGCUUGUGAGUGGGGCCCAAGCCUCUUGUUUACGUAGCGCGGCUGAUCAAAGCUCUGUGUGUCAUUAAACGAAAUGGGCUGUGUUGCCAUAACGCUCUUUCUGACUGAACACGUCUUGAACGAGCACGACCUGCAACAUUUUGGCGACAUUUGUAAAGUUGUCGCAGUCCAGCACUGCUUCAAAGCAAGCCACGACUCUUUGUACUUAUUCAACUAUCGCAUAAUAUUGCAGAUAAUGACAUCGUAGUUUAUCCCAACGAUUUUGUCUUUUGCCUUUGUGUUGAAUAUAUACAGUAUAUCUCUUCUCCCAUAAACAACAGAAUAAACUUUUAGUUUUACCAUUAAA